CAGAAAGGAACGCGCACGCCGGGGCUCGUCGUUGGACCACGUGACCGGUAGGGUUGAUUUUGGUUGGCGGUGUCGGCUUCACAACGUUGAACAACGGCGCGGUGGGUCACGUGACAGCAUCUGCUGCUGCUGGCUGAGCGAAGCGUGUUAGCAGAUUUUUCUAUUUUGUACAUACAUUGUUUUGUAUAUACUGUAUAUGAUGACUUCAGUGGUCAGCAAUCAAGCCCGGGGGACUCGGGACAAAAUGCUGCCCACCAACACACAAACAACACAGCCACAGAAACAGAUACAGGCCACAGCAGAACAGAUUCGUUUAGCCCAAAUGAUCUACGACAAAAAUGAUGCAGACUUUGAAGACAAGGUCAAACAGUUGAUUGAGGUAACCGGAAAGACUCAAGACGAGUGCAUGGUAGCCCUCCAUGACUGCAACGAAGAUGUAAACAGAGCCAUCAAUUUUCUGCUGGAGAGCACCUCUGACACAAACUCCUGGGAGACUGUGGGGAAGAAGCGCAGCCUUGGAAAAGAAGGUGGACCCUCAGAUAUAAAGGAGAGUAGGGAGAAGAAAGGGGGAGACAGGGAGGUCAGUCGUGGUCGUGGAGGAUCCAACAGGAGGGGCAGAGGCAUCAGUCGAGGGCGUGAAGGUCGGUUAGAGGAGAAUGGAUUUGAGGUGGCUCCUGGUGAGAAAGGUGGAGACCGUGGACGCAGGGGGCGUGGCAGAGGGGCAGGGGGUCGUGGCAGAGGAAGAGCAGCUGUUGGUAACAGGUUCUCUUCACAAGGAAUGGGCACCUUCAAUCCUGCUGACUAUACUGCAAACUCUGGAGCUCGUCAGGAGACUUGGGAAGGAGAGGGCAACGAACCUGCUGAGGGAACUGGUAAGGGAGGGACAUGGGGAGGCAAUCUGGAAGACUGGACUUCAGAAGACUGGAAUGAGGAUUUGUCUGAGACCAAAGUAUUCACUGCCUCUUCUGCUCCAUCAAACCACAUCACACCUGGACACAAUGUGGACCUGACUAGCUUAUUGCCUAAGGCUGGAGUGGGUUCUAUGGACCCUGACUUGGGGGCAAUAGUCGAUGGACCCUCAGCCGAAGAUUUGGGCCAAAGCCUGGUGUUUACCAAUUCCCACCACAACGGACGCACUGCAACACACAGCUACGCACACGCCACAGCCAACAGCUACGCACAUGCUGCCUCUGCUAGUACCACCUACGCACAUGCUGCGCUGUCCUCAGUCUUAGGUUCUGGUUUUGGGUCUCUGAAUGCACCUAAACAGACACCUACCCCAGACAUCAGGACAUCAGAGCAACUCAAUGGGCCUAGGCUUGGUCAGAGAGCCAGUCAGAUGGUGGCCACUACCAUCAACAGUAGUGUUUCCAAAGAUGCAGGGCCACCCCCAAUGCAAAGUCCUGCACCUGCCCCCUCUCCCUCUGCAGACAUUAAGGCUCAGAGAGUGGAGAAUGGCCCUGUUACUGCCCAACACUACAACAACACUGUGGAGAUGAAGCUUCAACCAGAGCCAUCCAUGGUGCUCAGCCAGCUGGCUCAAAGGCAACAACAGUCCUCCAUCCUUCCCACCACAGAGCCUCUGGGCCUGUCUCAGUCACAUGCUCCACAGGUCCCCACACCGCCAGGUCAUGAGUCCACUGUACCUCCUGUGAGAGAUGGAGUUUCUCCAGGAGUGAAGCUGCCAGGUCUGGAGCCUCCAAUCACAGAACCGCCUCAGCGGCAACUAAAGACACAGAGACGCAGAGCACCUCCUCCCUCAAAGAUUCCAUCGUCAGCAGUGGAAAUGCCAGGCUCAGCAGAUAUAUCUGGUCUGAAUGUUCAGUUUGGAGCGCUCGACUUCGGGUCUGAGGCUGGUGGUGGAACGGUAGACAUGGCACAGACGGAGCUGUCCAGGGAACACACCCCUGUUCAGGCCCCGGCGACCAUGUCUGUUCCUACACAGCAACCACAGAGCAGCCUGUUCUCCAAGCCAGGGGCUGUGAGUGAACACAUGAGCAGCUUACCAACCUUACCCUCAGCUGUAUCAGACCCCAGCUUCCCUUCACCAUCUUUGGGCUUACCCAGUGCCACACCUUCACCCUCGCUUGGUCUUCCCAGUGCAGCUGCUCCACUCUCUUCUGUGGCCCCUACCACAGCCAGCCGUGUAGAGAGCAGUGGCCCAAGGUCAAUGCCACCUCAUCUUGGCUUCUCUCAGAGCAAAGACGUCCCAUCACCUGCUAGUGGACCUCUGACAAAUGGCUACAGUGGCAUGAAGACACAGAGCACACCACAGGACACUACGUCAUCAUCUAGAACAGUGAAAACAGAGUCUCCAAUCAUGACAAGUGAAAGUGGCUCUGGACACCACAUCCCUUCCCCUGCGGUUACACCUUCCCACUCAACACCCAUCCCCUCACUCAGCAGCCACGUGAGCAGUACUCACUCAUCUGGAUCAGCCCUCACAACAAGUUCCUCCCUAACAAUAAGUAAUGAGGAAAGCAGCAGCAGCAGCAACCUCCAUGCCUUUUCAUCAUCGUCCAGCCAAGUGGUCAAUCCCAGUCCUUCAGCAGCCUCAGUUGUCAGUAGCUCAGCCACCAAUGGUCUGCACCCAUCUGGAGCACCUGGACUAACUCCCAAUGGCACAAACGCCACACUCUCAGCUGCAGGCAGCCGCACAGCACCCCUGCUCACCACCAGCUCUGGUAAAGCUCCUCCCAACUUGGCCCAAGGAGUGCCGCCUCUCCUGGCCAAUCAGUACAUCAUGGGCCCUGGUGGCUUGCUCCCUGCUUAUCCGCAGAUCUAUGGAUAUGAGGACCUGCAAAUGCUGCAGUCUCGCCUUCCUUUGGACUACUAUGGUGUAACAUUCCCUGGUGCUACAGCUCCUAUGCCUGGAAGAGAUGGCCUGGCUAACAAUCCAUAUUCUGGCGAGGCAACAAAGUUUGGCAGGAAUGACUCUUCAUCUCCAGCUCCCCCAACCAGCCUGUCUACAGCUGGGGUGCAGUCACAGCCUCAGCAGACGCCACAGGCAGGGACGCAAGGACAAGCGCAGGGUCAGAGCCAGGGUCAGCAGACACAGAACCAGGCUUUCCUCAACCCUCCUCUGCCCCCUGGCUAUGGAUACACUGGUCUGCCAUAUUAUGCUGGAGUGCCUGGGGUUCCCUCGGCUUUCCAGUAUGGCCCCACUGUCUUUGUGCCUCCUGCUUCGGCCAAGCAGCCUGCAAUGGGUCUGGCGAACCCCUCCAAUCAGUACCACCAACAGCAUCAACCAAGUUACGGACAGCAUGCAUAUGGCACAGCCUUUGAUGACCUGUCUCAAGCCCACGGUGGGGAAUACAGUAAGGCAGGGUAUGGAGGCUCUGCCCAGUCGCAGGCCAAGUCAGCGGGCAGCGGCCCAGGGAAAGAUGAUUCUACAGUCAAGAGUAUUCUGGAGAAAGCACCAGGACUGUCGGGAUCAGGUACCAGUGGUGGAGUACCUGACAUGGGAGGUUCAAUCUACAGUAAAACACAGUCGUUUGACAAGCAGGGCUUCCACACGGGUACACCGCCUCCCUUCAGCCUGCCUUCAGCUCUGGGGGGAGCAGGGCCCCUGAACCCUGGGGGUGCACCUGGUUAUGCCCCUGCUCCCUUCCUGCACAUUCUGCCUCCGCACCAACAGCCCCACUCCCAGCUGCUGCACCAUCAUCUCACGCAGGAUGGACAGGGUGGUCCCGGACAGCGCAGUCAGUCCAGCGGCAUGCAGCAGAAAACCCAAGGCAGCAAGUCCAGCUACGGCAGCUCCCCAUACUGGGCAAACUGAGGAAUGCUUCCCAUUCCCUUCUCCCCCAAAAGGCUGUGUGUGUGUGCGUGCGUGUGUGUGUGUAAAGCUGAAACAAAAAAGCAAACCGAAAGACACACUACCCUCACAAUGAGCAACCUUGGGCCACCUUGGCCUGCUCCCCCCACCUCCACAAGUCCUCAUAAGUCUUUUGGGUUCUCUCUUCCCCUCUUUUCAAAAUUGGUUGUACAUGUAAGAUAUUUAUGUAUGUAUUUAUAUAUAAAUAUAUAUAUAUACUGUAUAUGUAAUAGAACAUGAAAUGUGGUUGCUGCAUUUUAUUUUUGAAGGACUUUUUGUUUACUUUUUUCAAAACUGCAGGAAAAGAUGUUACAUUAGACAGAAUGAGAUAAUGAUGUUGGCGAGAGAGCAAGUGAAGAGGAUAAAUGAUCAAAAACUUCCUGGAAGAAACCAGAAAAAGGAAAAGGAGAGAGCUAUAGCACUGAUUGCAUAUGAGGACACUUCAGAUGGGGGUGGGGUUUAUAAUAACUAACUGCAUCUGUCUUCAUUUUUUUUCUUUUUAUACAUGACUUCCUGAAUGGCCAGGCAUCCCUCUAAACUUCAUUUUGUAGCUUCCUGUCUUUCCCCUUCUGCCUUUCUUCCUUCUCCUGGAGGGCUGCCUACUCUCCCUGUGUCAACACCAGACCUGCCCAUCUAAAUUUUAUAUUUUAAUUUAAUUUUAACCCUCAUUUCUCUUGAAAUAAAGUUCUGAGCAGUUGGA